AUGUCGACAAAGGAUGACAGUCAGACCAACGAAUGUAGGUCAGAUAAUCAAUUUGAUCCAUCUGCAAGAAAACUACAGUACUCUCUUCCAAAGAGUUUUACUCUUGGACCAGCUGAAUAUGCGGCGUCAAAGUCUCCUGGAGCUUCUAGUCGCUUCUUUAAAAGUAGUCGACGUGUUUUACUUGCCGUUUGUACAGCCUUUCGUGCUCAGCGCAGGAAUUCGUCGGCUGUAAAAUUCUCCUCCUCAUCAAAAUUGCCUUCCGAGUGCCACUUGUUAUCUCGCAGUACGAUCGCGUCGGAAUCACCCUGUAUGAAUUCGAUGUCAUCAAAUAUCAAAUCACGAUUGCAUCGCUCAGCAGGUAGCAUAAACCUCUGUGACGAUGCAACGAACACAUCUUCACCCCCUCUAGAGCACAAGGAACCCCUCUCCACAAUAACUAGCGACACUAACAAUACCUCCCCAGUAUCAAAGAAUGCUGCUCGCCAAGGGCAGGGCAAACCGCGUCAGCUAAAACGCCGAAGAGCAGCAGGAGGCGGCGGGGGUCUGCAACCGAAGGCGGGCUCCGUGGAGCCGCAAACUGAAGCGAUACUAACGAUACCUGAGGCUCCUGUUUUUCACGAUGAUUGCUCUGUGAUGGUCUAUUCGAAGUCUACGGACCAGUCGUUUAUUAGCAACAGUGACGGGCUCAGUCCUCGUCGGAGGACACGAUCAGCGUCAGGUUCCAACACCAAAUUAGGCUCCCUGUGGUCCUUUAUUUGCAAUGGUAACCCAGCCAAUUCAAGUAUGCGAAGGACUAAUGAAUCAGUUGCUGUGCCUCCUAAUAUGCUUAUGAUGGUAGGUUUUGGAGUCGCGGACACGACAGGUUUUACACUGGCGGUAACGGGGGCGGAGACGGAAGUGGAAGCGAGAGCAGCGGACGGAGUUAGAGCAGCAACUAGUUCUGGUCGGGUGGGCGACGACAGUGGCAUCUCCUGUCGGUCUGGCGCUACGUGGCGCUCCCGAGGAUCCUCCGCUGCACGAUCUGCCACGGCGGGAAUCGAGUCGUUCGGCGCUAUUGAGUCUUACAAGAAGCUAGAGGUGCUGGGCGAAGGCUCCUAUGCCACCGUCUACCGUGGAUUUUCGCAUCUCACCAACCGCGUGGUCGCUGUGAAGGAAAUUCGGAUUAACCAAGAGGAAGGACUCCCUUUCACGGCGAUUAGAGAAGCCUCAUUGCUGAAGUCCCUGCGUCAUGCAAAUAUUGUCACUCUCCAUGACAUUGUACAUACAAAACUCACUCUCAAUUUCGUCUUUGAAUACGUAGACUCUGAUUUGAGCCGACUGAUGGAGAAAAACCCUAAGGGUCUCAAACCCCAAAAUGUACAGUUACUUCUCUACCAGCUACUGCGUGGUCUGGCAUAUUGUCAUGACCGUAGGAUACUACAUCGUGAUCUAAAGCCUCAGAAUAUUCUUGUGUCGGCAAAUGGCGAACUCAAAUUGGCUGACUUCGGCCUGGCUCGAGCUAAGUCGGUUCCAAGCCAUACCUACAGCCAUGAGGUCGUCACACUCUGGUACCGACCUCCCGAUGUUUUAUUGGGUUCUACAAACUACACUGCUUCUCUCGAUAUGUGGGGCGUCGGAUGCAUAUUCUUGGAGAUGCUUUCCGGCGACGCUACUUUUCCAGGUGUGGCAGAUGCCGUAGAUCAGCUGGAUAAGAUUUUCAGGUACAUGGGCACACCCACAGAGGAGACAUGGCCCGGUGUCUCAAAACUACCAAAGUACAAGAAUUUGCUAGGUAGUUCAUCCCAUCGUCGACACCAUCGUCACCACCAUUCCCAUCAACAUCAUCAUCAGCAUCACCACAGCCAUCACCACCACCAGCAGUCGCGGUCGCAGCAGCCACAUCAGCGUUUGUCCACCGGAGCGUGUAGAGGACGGUCGGGAAGAGGAGGGUGUGGCCUGCUAUGGCACACAGGGAAACCGCUAAACCGCGUGGUGCCACGGCUCGGUCAUAUCGCACACGCUACUGCUCUCGCUUCUGCCCUCCUUCAACUGCCUCCUGAGCGACGCAUCACUGCUCGCGCCGCUCUUCGUCAUCCCUACUUCACAGUCUCUCUUCCUACAGCUCAACUCGCCUGCCUCCCUGACACCAUGUCCAUUUUCACUAUUGCGGGGCUACGGAUGACUUCUGAGGACUCUCCGCCCCGAUACUCUGUAAGAGGUGCAGGAAAAUCACAGAAACAUCUUUCAUACAAUGAAAAUACCAACGCGACAAGUGAUAGCUCAGCCAAUACAUUCUCCUGUACGUCUUGCACCUCCUCCUCCUCCUCUGUUUCCUCCAAUUGCAUCCCUACCUCUCCAAUUGACCAGCCAAUCACUUCUCUGGAUGAACAAGGAAAGAAGGAGCCCUCGACUUCUCAAUGUUCAAGUACAAUUCAUUCACUACCGCCACCGGUGCAACCGCUAUGGACCCCGUAUCCUCUUUUUCAGUCCCAGCAGCAGCAGCAUCCCCAGAUUGGAACGAAUCCAAAAGCACCUUUUCUUCCCUUUUAUUGUCUACCGGCCUUCAUGUCUCCUGCGUCAGCCACUUCUGUAAUCUCAGGCCCAUCCAUCCAAUCCUCAGCUUUCAUCCCCUUUCCAGUGCGACCGAUUCUGGCGCCUUGGCCACCAGGCUAUGCGGCUCCGCAAAACACAAGUACCGCGGCAACUCCCGCUUUGGAAAAAUCAGAUGGUUCACAAGUGUCGGUGCCGUUCGAAUUUCCUACCACAUCACCAGAUGUUGUGUGGAUGGUGCCGUGGGUGGUAAGUUUCCAAAUUCAGAGAUGUAUAAGUCGUGCUAACUGCGCAGUCCUGCGGCUACCCAAUCGGGUUCCUCUGGGAUGCGCUGUUUGCCGAUCAAUCAAUGGCACGGCCGAAUUCGCGUUUCGACCAGGGAUAACCUCAAUCCUUCUAUCCACACGGCUAUCCCUUGGUUACUUCUUCUACCGGCGUCUUCUUACCUACUGCCAAUCCACCUCAAAGACUAUGUACACCUUGGUUGAAGACCAAAAGCACGUGAGGAAGGAAACUCUAGUUGAGACCACUAGUAGUAACAUUAAUACCACUGCUGCAACGAACACUACCUCUGUUAUUCAGCUCCCCUCUGCAGACACUGUAUCAGGAAUGGGUGACUCUAUGGCCGAUAUAAGCUUCAGUUUUGCCUCUCAGCACUUGCAGCAGCAACAGCAGCGGCAGCAUAGUAUGUUCCUCAGUAACCACUACGGACCUGACAAACUGCUUCGUGGAACUUCUGAGAUAGGCAUUACUAGAAGCGCCAGUUUUCACACGUGUGACCAAUUAAAGGUUGGAUCACCUUCCAUGAUUCUUCGGAUACCAAGAUCAAGAGCAUUUUAUCCUGGUGUUUACGCCUGGUCGUAUGGAGAGGAGGUGGAAGUCAAAGGGUUCCCACCUGGUCAGCCAACAUAG